AUGUCCAACUCUGGGAAGCGUCCUGGCGGAAAAAGCUCCGGUCCGGUUGCGAAGCGGCCGAGACUAGUCAAAACGGCAAAUCCAAACGGUCGGGGCAAGUCAAAAACCGCGACAAAGAGCACAUCGAAGAGCCAAGGUGACCGUGAUACAAAACUAAAAUUCAAAUCUCCUGCCGAGUUUUUCGCGGAGAACAAGAAUAUUGCCGGCUUUGACAAUCCAGGAAAGUCUCUCUACACAACAAUCCGAGAACUCGUCGAAAAUGGGCUGGAUGCCGCAGAGGCCAUCGGCACCCUACCUGACAUUGAGAUCUUCGUGGCGCGCAUCGAUAAGCAGCAAUUUCGCACCAUGGUCGGCAUGGAUGGGAAUCGGAAUAGAGUGGAUGCCUCUCUGUAUAAGGAUGUAGAAAGUGUCAAGGAGAGGAAGGCCAGAGAAGCCAAAGAGAAAAGAGAAGCCAAGAGAACAAAGAGCAAGGAUGGGAGUCUUUCCGCCUCAGGAUCGGGGCAGCUCCAGACAGAUAACGAUGAUGCUAAUGAUUCGAAAGAACUCACUCUUGAAUCGACUCAAGAGGCGUCUCAACCUUCCCAAACUUCAUCGAAGAAGGGGAAAAGUGGAGGAAAUGACAUUUUUUGCGUCACCGUCACUGAUAACGGAUCUGGCAUGGCUCACGAUGAUGUGCCCAACAUGAUGGGCAGGGUACUUGCUGGAACUAAGUAUUGCGUCCGACAAACACGUGGGAAGUUUGGACUUGGGUCGAAAAUGGCUCUGAUAUGGUCCAAAAUGAGCACUGGACUCCCUGUUCGUAUCAACACUGCGAAGGCAGGCAGCGAAGUCACUAACUGCAUUCUUGAUAUCGACAUUGCGCGCAAUAUUCCAAAUGUUAUUGAGCUUUCACGGAAAGAGAACCCAUCAGGCUGGAGGGGGUCCAAAGUUUCAGUAACGAUUGAGGGUAAUUGGUCAACCUAUAGAGCUAAGAUUUUGUUGUACGUCCGCCAAAUGGCCGUCAUCACCCCUUACGCGCAAUUUCGACUCACCUUUUCGUCUGGGUACGAUAACGCGGAUUCGAAAGACUUCGAACUGGUUUUCUCGCGAAGGACAGACAAAAUGCCACGUACCGCUGCCGAAGUGAAGCACCACCCUUCGUCUGUCAACCAGUUACUUCUCAAACAGCUGAUUGGGGAUGUGAAAGAGGACAUGAGUCUAGUGAGAUUCUUGACUACACAAUUUGUAGCAAUCCCGCGCUCCCUAGCCACCCGUCUCAUAACCGAGCUCGGGAAAGGUUUUACCCAGCAUAUGACUGUCGGGGAGCUGACGUUGAACAACAUUCGCCAAAUCGAUGCUCUUCUUCACGCGGCGCGAUUCGAGAAUCCGGAUGGCUUGUGUCUCUCCCCAGCUGGAGAGUACAAUUUACGCUUGGGGAUCACGAAAGAGUUGAAGCCAAGCAUGGUGGCCACACACGCAGAGCCAGCUGAUGUCUUUGAAGGUCAUCCAUUCAUCGUAGAGGCUGGGGUUGCCCUUGGCGGAACAGGAAUGAAGCCCGGGCUCAAUAUUUUCCGGUUUGCAAACAGAAUCCCACUUUUGUUCGAGGCUGGAAAUGAUGUUGUAACGAGGACGGCGAGGGAUGGUAUUCGAUGGAACAGUUACAAGAUCUCACCAAAUACAGAUCGCAUUGGUGUGAUUUGCAGCAUUGUGUCGACGAAAGUGCCGUUCAAAGGCACCGGUAAGGAAUACAUCGGCGAUGACUCGGAUUCAAUCAAACUAUGCGUGAAGCGAGCUAUCACGCAGUGCUGUCUUCAACUCAAAACAAAACUCGUACGUCAGGCUGCACAGAAGGACGCUGCGCAGCGGAAAAUGUUGAUAACAAAAUACGCGCCAGAUGUCGCAAAUGCCGUCGUGGCACUUUUCGAAGAGUUGGAGGACCCGGACCGAGAAACGAAGGACGUGAGCGACAGUGUGCUCAAUGGCAAAAUUAGCCGCGAUAUUCUACUAGCAAAGCUCCAAGACCACGUGCAACAGUUUGACAAGGAGCAGGCCAUAGAGUAUGCAACGGCGCACGGAAGGGAUCACAAGACCCUCGAAACGGUAUUCAUAGCGCGGCGAUCGGAGCAGAUCAAUUAUUCUCCAAUAUGGCUGGAGCAACCCAGGGCUACGAGUACCCCUGAGGGCAGCCAGCAAGAGAGUGCACCCGUAGUUCGCUUCUCACUAUUAUCGUCUCUACAGAGCCAUUUAUGA